AUGAAUUUUAAAGAUGCCAAAAAGGAAUCAGAAGAUCGUAAUCAUAAGAAUGAUGGAUCAACAUUGUAUGUAUCUAAUUUAAGUUCAAAAAUAACAACAGCAAAACUUCAAGAUAUUUUUGAAAAAUUUGGUAAUAUAGAAAAAUGCUAUGUUAUCAGCAAUCCAAUCACCAGAGAAUCAAGAAACUUUGGAUUUGUCACUUUUAAUUCAUCUCAUGAAGCUCAUAAUGCUUUGAGUAAAGCAAAUAAGAUGGAAGUAGAAGGGAGAAUAAUUAACGUAGAAAUAGCAAAAAGAAAUGAACCACAUGAACCAACACCAGGAGAAUAUAAGGGAGUUCAAAAUAUGAUGAAAAGAAAUGGAAUACGACAUGAUUUUUAUGGAAAAAAAUAUGAUAGGUCAUAUGAUAAAAGGAGAUAUGAAUCUAGGAGAGCUAAUCCUUAUAAUAAAGAACAUAUAAAAAGUUUUAGUUAUAGGAAUAAUUCUUACAGAAAUUAUGAUAAAUAUGGAAGAAAUAAAUAUAGUGAUUAUAGAAAUUAUGAUAGGAGAUCAAAUGAUAACAAAUAUCAUAGAAAAAAUGAAUAUUACAAAAGAAAUAAUAGAAGUAGUGAUGAUGAAAAAGGAUAUUCAAGAGAUGAGAAUAAAAAAAAAAAGAGAUAUGAAAAAAAUAGAAAAUCUUCUAGUAGUUCUAAUAGUGAAAGGAGACGCUACAGAAAUUCACCAAUAAAUAGAAGUCCACGUUAUAGAAGAAAAUAA